AUGUCGAAGCGCUCGGCGGAAUCCAGCCAGAAGCCCAGCAUCUUGGAGGUGCUGAAGAUUGAACGGGUGCCACCUCGACACCGGAUGAGCGACGAUGAUCCGCUCCUGCCACAAGUCGGCUCACCGGAAAUUUCUCCUCUUCCAGCUCCAACCCAACAGAGCGAAGCGGACGACACUGGCAUCGAAGAAAUUAACUCGGAUGACAGUGACUGCCCUACCAAACGAUUCAAGGGCGACGACUCGACUGGAAACUCGAACUUGGCUGAGCUGAACACUGUCUACCCGGACUAUCUCGCUGCUUACGACUCGCCAACCCCUGGCCAGGCCUUCCCAGCUACUCCGCAAGAGAGACCUGUCCCGCCGAUCUCCAUCUUUCAGAGCAACACGCCUAAAACGCACACCACCCCCAAUCCGACGACCGACUACUUUCCGGAGAUCAAGAUUGAAAAGACUUCGGAAGACGGUUCAAUCAAUGGAACUCCAUCCCGAGCUUUGAACGACUCUGGCUACUUCGAGUCGAAAUUCGAAGUUCCAAAAACUUCGAUCCAGACACCACCUCGCUAUCCAAUGUACCGGAACGAGGCGAUCGGGUCUUUCUCCGGCCACCACGCUGUUCACCCGUACGGUGUCAACUUUCCCCACCCGCCAAAUGGUCAAGAGACAAAUCAACCAUUCCAACAAUCGCAGUUCGGAAUGAUGCCCUUUGGCUACGGAGGCAUGUCUCCAGCAAUGGUACAGGAACACCAUCAUCGAAUUAUGCAACACAUGAUGAUGAUCCGACAGCAGCAGCAGCAGUACUACGAGGAGAACCGUGUUCAGUACUUCAACGGGCACCAGAUCUCGCCGACGAAGAUCAAGAUUACGAACACGACUGAGCGAGUGACGAGCCCUGGGCCUGUUCCAGCCGACUUCGAUCCGGAGAUCCACGGCUCCACCUCGCACCCAAUUCUCGUCAAGAUCUCCAAGUACUCUCUGACGAGCACUUCAACGGGGAUAAACUUUUAUUUCCGAAUCUUCGGCCGUGUUUUCAAAGCACGCAGAGAUUCCUUCAGCAAGGACAAGACGAUGAUGUACCUUCGCUGCAAUACCUGCCCGAAAGAACCUUGCAAGUGGCGGGCGAAGAUCAGGCUCCUCAAUCCUGAGAUCAAGAUUGAGGACGAGAAGUUCCAAGAUAUUGAGAACUAUCAAGUGCUGUCGAACACGAAGGCCCACCACCACCACCCAGCCUGCAGAGAGCUCUCCCUCACCGACAGCGAUAUGGUUGGAAACACGGACAAUCGUCUAUCGCCGACCCUAGCGCUACCUGACGCAUCUCCCAGCGCGCCCCAGCUAACGAUGACGACCAUGGCGACUCCUUAG